AUGGCGCCACGACGCACUAUUCGAAAGGGCGAAGCCGGAGAACAAGAGGCAAAGGAGCUUCUAGCUGGCUUCCAGAGCAAGCCCCUCGACGAUACGGUCCCAGUGUCGGACAGAACUACCUACAAGCGCGGCUACGCCAUGGGGCUCUUCAAGGAAUACGUUCGAGACGUCCUACACCGCGAGCCGGACGAUACCUGGUUAUCCCUUUGCAGCUCUUCACCAGUAGAGGUAGCCUUGGCUCAGGAUACAUGUCGUGCCUUUCUCCAGACCUACGUCUCCGACUCUUGGGACUCCCGGGUUGCGUUGGGAGAUCAAGAAUCCGAGGAGGUCUGA